GAGCCAGAGGAUUCGAAAGGGCCAUUGAAGAAGAAGAAGCAGGCCCCCGGAAUGGAGGAGGAGCCCAUGCCGGAGGAUUCGAAAGGACCAGCAAAGAAGAAGAAGAAAGCCGCGGAACUCGAGGAGGAAUCCGAGCCAGAGGAUUCGAAAGGCCCAGCAAAGAAGAAAAAGAAAGCCAGGGAACUCGAGGAGGAGUCCGAGCCAGAGGAUUCGAAAGGGCCGAAGAAGAAGAAAGGCGCGGAACUCGAGGAGGAGUCCGAGCCAGAGGGCGCGAAAGGACCAGCAAAGAAGAAGAAGAAAGCCCCCGAAAUGGAGGAGGAGUCCAAGCCAGAGGAUUCGAAAGGACCGAAGAAGAAGAAGAAAGCCACCGAAAUGCAGGAGGAGUCCAAGCCAGAGGAUUCGAAAGGGCCGAAGAAGAAGAAGAAAGCCCCCGAAAUAGAGGAGGAGCCCGAAGACGAAGACCCAAUCGCAAGCACAGUAGGAAAGAUCAUGAAAUCGGGUCCAUGCAAAGGGAUGCUACGAGUGGACAGAACCAGGUUCCAAGACUGCCAGGGGGUGAUCUAUUCUUACAACAUCCGCAAUGAGACUGUGACACAGGAAGAUGAUGAGGAUGAAGAUGGGGGUGACUCAGAAGCAGCGGCAGCAGAAGCCCCGUGCAAAAGCGCCAAGAGCACCCCUGCCGCCAAGACAAAAUCAAAGCCAAAGGCCAAGGGAAGCUCAAAAGCAAAGGCCACAAAGAAGAAGGACGAGGAGGACGAGUUUCGUGGCAUGCAUUGUGUUACACAUAUUAUGGUCUACUUGUCCGACCCUGGCAUGCAUGAGGAUGGCGACGAAGGAUUCGCCAUGAUCACGCCGCCGCCCCACAUUUCAUCGAACCACAUUUACAGUAAUGUGUACAGGCUGGCUCUGCACAGCGGACUGGCUUUGGACGCAGCCAGAACUCGAGCACGCACGGCAGCGUGCGACUUCCGCGAGACAGGCAAAGUUCGCAAAGCUUGGGUCGGAGGCUUUCGUGCCCGAAAGCCCGAGUAA